AUGGCGAGUACAGCCUUGAUUGAGAGUGGCCCCUCCCCGGAAAAGUCCGGACGUGAUGUUAUCAGUCGGAAACCAGUGAAAAGCAGUACCAAGUUAGUAGAACAAACGAGCACAUUAGUCGACGUAUGCAAGAGUGACGACAGCCCAAGAGAUGAUACUCCCAUAUCGACUUGGGGAAACGGCUUCAAUGUUUCCGGAGGGACUCAGUAUAAUAAUAUAGGAAGCGGCAAUCAAUUCCUCGGUAGUCAAUUUCAUGGGGAUGUAAACUUUGUUGGAGGGAAUGGAGAUAGCGGGAAAGAGGGACGGAAGGCCCAGGUUCUGAAACGUCUUGCAACUUCACCAUACCGCGACCGGAAGGAUCGGAAUCCAUCUGCUGUCCAAGGCACCUGCGAAUGGUUUAUCUCUCAUCAUCUCUAUCACGAAUGGCUGGGUCAAGAAGCUUCAAAGAUUCUUUGGGUUUCUGCUGAUCCCGGAUGUGGAAAAUCCGUACUCGUCAAACACCUCAUUGACUCAAUCAUCCAGACUACUGAUUCCCGGAUCAUCUCCUAUUUCUUCUUCAAAGAUGAUUUCACCGAUCAAAAGAGCCUCCUAAGCGCGUUCAGUUGCAUCCUCCAGCAGCUCUUCUUGCAAGACACUACGCUACUAUCGGACGAGAUCCUCUUACAAUUUGAUGCCAACGGCCAAUGGAUAAUAGGGUCAUUUGUUGAGCUAUGGCAGAUCCUGAUCAAAGUUGCCGCAAGUAAUUCUGAUAAAGAAAUUAUUUGCCUCAUUGAUGCAGUUGAUGAAUGCAAUGAACAUGAGAGGAACCACUUCUUUAAGGCUCUAUGCGAGCUCUAUGGUUCAAAAAAGAGUCCGAACCUGAAGUUUCUCAUCACGAGUCGACCCUACCGAGAAAUCGGAAUGGGUUUCAAGCCACUGGAGAACUUGAACUUGCCAGUCAUCCACCUCAGCGGCGAGAGCGAUGCUGAGAUGAGAAAGAUCGUCAAGGAGAUAGAUAUCGCUAUAAGACAAAGGGUCAGUAGUAUAGGAGUCCAGCAAAAGCUCACAGAUGAUGAGCAAGGCAUACUGGUCACACGGCUCUUGUGUGUUCGGAAUCGAACAUAUCUCUGGGCCCACCUUACAUUGGACUUGAUCCAGCGGCAGCUUGACAUAAACAAAGAGAAGAUUAUCGACAUUACAUCGCAUCUCCCUCAUAAUGUCAACGAGGCCUACGAGAGGAUACUGUGCAGAACCUUCAGCACUGAAAAGGCAACCAGGAUGCUGCACUUGAUCCUUGCCGCAAAGCGCCCCCUUACGUUGGGAGAAAUGAUCGUUGCCCUCGAGCUUCAGCAGCAUCACCGGUCUAUUGAUGAUAUCGAGUUGGAGCCCGAGGACCGCUUCCGUGACAAGAUAAGAGACAUCUGCGGAUUGGUUACCGUCAACGAAUCACGAAUCUUCCUUCUUCAUCAGACUGUUAAGGAGUUUCUGAUUUCUAUGGACCAUUCUGAACCCGCAAGCCCCAGCAGUUUAAGCUGGAAACACUCAAUACUCGCAAACGACCCUAAUAUGACUUUGACCAGUGUCUGCGUCUGGUGUCUCCUUCUGAACCACCCAAGGAAGGACCAGUAUACUGCAGUCCCACCUCCCUCAACACAUACCAAGAAAAACGCGUUUAUUAGCUAUGCUGCUAAACACUGGGCGAAUCAUUUCAAUCGGCUGUCAGCUCAUAACCAGAAGAAGAUGACAAGUGUGGCACUAGAGAUCUGUGAUGCUCGAGGUUCUUGCUUCUUGUCUUGGUUCCCAGUUUAUUGGAGAAGUCGGCAUGCCCGGGUUGUUGCAGGGUUUACAACCUUGAUGGCAGCAUCUUAUUUUGGACUUGAAGUAGUUGUGAGGCGAAUUCUGAAGACUGACUAUUCUCAGCUGAACAAAAAGGACGAGACUUACCAUAGAUCGGCGUUAUCUUGGGCAGCGGGCAACGGCCACGAUGGUGUUGUGAAGCGUCUAAUUCGUGGCUUAUCAAUCGGCCCGCGAACCUUGAAAAUCGUACUUCGGCAAGGGGCCAAAAUCAACGAGUUUGAUUCAGAUAAUCGAACUCCCCUUACUUAUGCUAUAUGGAAUAGACACCUAUCUGUCGUUCGACGCCUGGUCGAAGCUGGCGCGUGGGUUGACGUCCCCGAUGUCUUGGGAGGAACACCGACAUCGUACGCAGUCACAAGCGGAAAUUUCAAAAUACAAAAUCUGGUGCUACGUGGAGAUGUUCCCAGUAACGCAGAGCAUAACGAGGGGGAAAAGCUUCUACUGUCCGCAUCUAAGUACGGUCAUAUUCAUGUAGUGAGAGUACUUCUAGAAGCAAGGAAAACAAACCUGAAUCCAAAGGAUGGCUGGGGCUGGACUCCACUAAUGUGGGCUAUCAAUUACAGACAUAGCGGAAUCAUCAAGCUUCUCCUGGAACACAAAGCAGAUGUCAAUACCAGAGACAAGACUGGGAUGACACCCCUUCACUUCGCUACCCGAUACGGCCAAUUCGAAAUAGCAAAGCUCAUACUGCAAACCGGUUGCGCUGACGUUAACAUACCAGAUCUGGCUGGGCUUACCCCUCUUCACCUAGCUGCUCGUUGGAAGCAAGACGAUAUCGCUCAGCUGAUAUUAAGGACAGGGAUGGCCAAUGUUACUGCCAGAGUCAAUGACCAAGGCCCUGUAUACUCUUGGGUGAUUCGAUAUAAUUCUUGCUCGACUCUGAAACUGAUGCUUGAUCUUUAUGAUGAUCCUUCAAGCUUUCAAGAAUGUACAAUGGCCAUUCUUGAGACUGACUGGGAUUGGUCGGACAAGCUGGAGGUCAUGGUGAGCUCCAGAAAGGUUGACAUGAAUGUUUCUGACACUCAUGGCGAAACUGUACUACAUAAAGCUGUCAUUAAACGAUCGUACAAGAUGAUAAGAGAGCUUCUUGCAUCAGGAAAGGCGCCUAUUAACAGCCGGAACAGCCGUGGGCUAACGCCUCUUGCCCAGGCUUGUUUGAUCAUGGACCUGGACAUAGUUUCUGCUUUCUUGGAAACUGAUCUAUGGGACUUGAACAUUGCUGAUUCUUAUGGCAAUACACCGCUUCAUCAUGCCAUUCAGGCAAGAUCUGUUCCUAUCACAAGCGCCCUGAUCGCAACAGGAAAGGCGGGUGUUGCAAUGAAGAAUAAGGAUGGCCGUACACCACUUUCUUUGGCUUGUUUGGACGGUAAUACAGGCUUGGUAAAAUAUCUCCUCGAUAACUCUCAGGCUGAUAUCAACACUCAGGACAUCUAUGGGAGAACACCCGUUCAUAACUGUAUUUGGAUGGAAGAUGUGGAUAUGUUGCGCCUGAUUCUGCAGACAGGUCGAGCAAAACUCAACGUGGUGGAUAAAUUCCAGUGUACGCCACUACUGCUUGCAGCUUACCAGAGCAAAUGGCAUAUGGCCAGCCUACUGUUGAACUAUAAACAGGCGGUGAACAUGAAGGGUCAGAAAGGAAGGACAGUGAUAUUUUGGGCCAUCAUACAGGGACAAACAGAAAUAGUCAGGCAGCUCAUAUCUCUGGAGCAAACCAACCUCGCUGUGCGAGAUGAGGAAGGAUUUACACCAUUAUCUCACGCAGCUCAACAGGGCAACGAAGAGAUAAUCCGGGUGUUGCUUGGCAAACCUGGCAUUGAUGUUGAUGCCAAGGAUAAUGCUGGGAUGACUGCGCUUGGACAUGCUGCAAAGCAGGGGCACUUGGGGGCUGUUGAGUUGCUUUUGAACGAGGGCAAGGCAAAUUCGUGGAUAAAAGAUAAAGAAGGGAGGACCCCACUGGCUCUGGCCUCGGCCGAGGGGCACUUCAAGGUAGUUCAGAGGAUAUUAUUUUAG